CCUUACCAGAUAACCUCCCCCCCUUAGAAAUCCUCAUCCUCCACAAAAUCUGCUCCACAACCAGCACGUAUGGAUCGCAGAGUGCAAAUAAUGUAAUCAAAUCAAAUCUCUCUGACGUCAUCAGCAAGCAUCGGCAAUAAAACGUGAGGAUCUCGAAACCAAAAGAACUACAUUUCCCAUGAAGCCUUGCGCUGGUUCCCAGGCUUGUUCUCUGCAGGUUUCCCAUAGCAGUGAAAGCAGAAAUCCACAAGCAGCUGUAUAGGAGAAGAGACAGAUGGUCCCUGGGCUUCAGAAAUAAUGUGUGCAUCAGGACAGUGCUGAGAUCAUGGCUGUGGAAGCUAUUCAUUGCAAUCGGAACUCCAAUAAUAUCGAGCACACUGCCAGCGCGGACAACAUCAACGUGAACCUCCAGGGGGAACACACUGACUCACCCUCCGCUAAGGACACUUCAAAAGUUCCGGAGCCCAAGGGGACACCCAAGAAAGUGCAGACGGAGCCAGACGCACCCAAGCCCACUAUACUUAAAGCAACCAAACCCGUAGCAUUUUGGACACAACACGAUGUGUGUAAGUGGUUGAAGAAGCAUUGUCCAAGCCAGUAUCAGCUCUACCAUGAUUCUUUUAAGGAGCACGAUAUAACAGGUCGUGCUUUGCUGCGACUCACGGACAAGAAGCUGGAAAGGAUGGGGAUCAGUCCAGAGAGCCAACGGCAAUAUGUCCUACAGCAGGUCCUCCAGCUCAAAGUACGGGAGGAAGUCCGGAACCUCCAGCUGCUGACACAAGGCUCCACUGAAAUGUCUCCGUAAUAGAACAUCAUCAGAGUGAAGGCCAAUCCGCCCUUCUGAAAGCGACAGCAAACUUCCACAUCUCUUCCACAAGAAUAUUUUCUACCAGAUGUCAUUGAGAGGAAAACUGCAGAGGGUCGUUAAGCUGAGAUUUCUUGCUGCCUGUUACAUUGUGCUUAAAUGCUCUGCCUGUUAUUAUGAUCUCUCUCCACCUAUAUAGCAUCACUCAGUGCUGGUGUUCCACUGUGAUUAAUAUGUUGUCAGUUGACCCUUUGCUACAUACACAGACACAUGUCUAUUUAAGGCUAGCCAUACACAGUAAAAUUGUCAUUGAUCAAUCCCACAAAACUGGCUAUAGACAUAUGAAGGUGAGGAUUCAACUGCUGAGUGGACUGUCACAUAAGCAUGUACCCUUAGCAUUGCCCAAGCAUCCAUGUUUAUCCAGCAAGGAGGA